UCCCCUCACCCCCUCGCUCUCUCGCGCUGCGCGGCGCUGCCUUUCCGUGUGAUCUCUUCUCGCCUCGCCUCACGCUUCUCUCCCCCCUCCCACUCUCUUCCACCCAAAGAGGCGACUCGAUCGGUCUCCCCUUCCUCCGCGAAAGACCUCGGCUUGGCAUGGCGAGUGGGGGAGGAGGAGGGUUCGGGGCGGCGGCGGGAGCUGGAGGGCGGAUGCCGACGUGGAGGGAGAGGGAGAACAACAAGCGGCGGGAGCGGCGGCGGCGGGCAAUCGCGGGCAAGAUCUUCGCGGGCCUGCGCGCGCACGGCGGGUACAAGCUGCCCAAGCACUGCGACAACAACGAGGUGCUCAAGGCGCUCUGCAACGAGGCCGGCUGGGUCGUCGAGCCCGACGGCACCACCUACCGCAAGGGAAGCAAGCCUCCAGAACGCAUGGAUGCAAUUGGGUGCUCCGUGUCACCAAGCCCAUGUUCCUCGUAUCAACCAAGUCCACGGGCAUCAUACAAUGCGAGCCCUACUUCCUCUUCAUUUCCGAGUGGUGCAUCUUCCCCCUUCCUACCUCCUAAUGGCAUAGUCAAUGGUAUUGAUGGCAAUGCUAUCCUACCGUGGCUCAAAACAUUCUCCAAUGGUACUGCAUCAAAGAAACAUCCACUGCUCCCACCACUGUUGAUCCACGGUGGUUCCAUUAGUGCACCAGUAACUCCUCCUCUAAGUUCACCGACUGCCCGAACACCUCGCAUGAAAACAGACUGGGAUGAAUCCGCUGUCCAGCCUCCCUGGCACGGUGCAAACAGUGCCUCUAUAGUUAACUCCACCCCACCCAGCCCUGGACGGUCAGUGGCUCCCGAUCCGGCAUGGCUUCCCGACAUCCAAAUCUCAUCAACUAGUCCGUCAUCCCCGACCUUUAGCCUUGUGUCCACGAAUCCAUUCAGCGUCUUUAAAGAGGCUAUUCCAGUUGGCAGUUCAUCAAGGAUGUGCACACCGGGGCAAAGCGGCACAUGCUCCCCUGCGAUCCCCGGCAUGCCCCGGCAUGCAGAUGCUCACAUGAUGGAUGCGGUCUCCGACGAGUUUGCAUUUGGAAGCAGCACCAACGGUGUUCAGCAGGCUGCUGGACUGGUGAGGGCGUGGGAAGGCGAGCAGAUCCACGAGGACUCUGGAUCGGACGACGUAGAGCUUACACUCAAGCUCUAGGACAAGCGCUGAUGCUUGACAUCGCUAACUCGGAGGAAUUGCUGUUUUUUUAGUGUAUUUCUUCUUAUUCAUUAAUUUCUGAUGGAGACCGUGUUCCUUCAGAUAGCUUCUUUUGUUGUGAUGAUAAUUGUGUUAUUUAUGCAAGGGAAGAGCUCGCUCGAUUCGAGCAAAAUCAGCUCGGAUGUACCCGGAGCCCUGGACAGCUGAUGAUCUCGGUUGGCUGUAGUGUAGGCUCCUUGUGCUGUUGUGACAAAUGUAAAUUAAUAUCAGAAAUCAUUCAGAAAUUUGUGAAGCUGA